CCUGGGCACGGCAUGGACGAGGCGGUGGUGAAGCAGGGCUUGCUGCACCUGCAGCUGCAGCAGACCUUUGGCAAGAAAUGGAGGAAGUUCUGGGGCGUCCUGUACCGGGAGAGCCCGUGCUCCACGGCACGCCUGGAGCUCUUCGAGGGCGCGGCGCCGCCGCCGGCCGACAAGCUGCGGCGCGGCGAGGCCGCCAGGAAGCUGGUCAAGCUCAGCGAUUGCGUGCAUGUGGCCGAGGCGCCCGGCGACACGGGCGGCCCCAAGGACACCGUCCCCUUCCUGCUGGAGACCACCGAGAAGUGCUACCUGCUCGCGGCCGAGAUGGCCGAGGCUGCCGAGUGGAUCGGGAGGCUCUGUGAACUCGCCUUCCCCGUGAGCCGGGAGCAGGCRGCCACGGGGAAGGAUGCCCAAAAGGCCGCGCAUCCGGGAGAGGCGGACAGCGAGUUUUCCAUGGAGGAGAACAUCCUGUACAGCUCCGCCGGCAAAGGCGCCGUGCCCAAGGAGUUCGAGGUGGCCGUGAGGGCCACCGCGUCCUCGGAGCGCUGCCGCCUGCGGGGCCGCUUCGUGCUGYGCGCCGCGGCCGAGGCGCUGGAGCUGCGCGAGCCGCGCUCGCCRCAGCCGCUCUACCGCUGGCCCUACCGCUUCCUGCGGCGCUUCGGCCGCGACAAGGCGACUUUCUCCUUCGAGGCCGGGCGCCGGUGCRCGUCGGGCGAGGGCAGCUUCGAGUUCGAGACGCGGCAGGGCGACGAGAUCUUCCAGGCGCUCGAGGCGGCCAUCGAGGCGCAACGGGAGCCGGGCGUCGCCACCGAGGCCCCCAAGGCUCCCUCGCUGGAGGCCAAGGCGAAGGCGCCCGGUGGUGACGUCCCCUACGCGGAGCCGCGCCGCUCCUGCCGCCCGGGAAAGGGCAGCGCGGCGGCGCCGGCCGGCGACGCCGACUACGCGGUGCCCUUYGACGCCAUCGCCAAGUCGCUGGCGGGCAGCGAGUUCGGCGCCUUGCUGGGCGGCACCGCGGUGCCCGCGGCGGGCGCCGGCAAAGCCGAGCACAUCUACGACGAGCCCGAGGCGCUGGGCGGCCACGGCGCGUACGUGUACGACGAGCCCGAGCGGGUCCGGGGGGAGGCCUGGCGCCUCCGCGCGGUCCGCAUCCCAGCACGGAUGGCGCUGACACCGCCCGUCUCCCUGAAGGUCACACUGCUCCACGCGCRGGUGGGGCAGGAGCCGGUGCUGCGGGUUAUCCGCUGA